AUUUGUUUCUCCUACAGGUGUAAAACCGAAUUCAAAACCCUGGUUUUAGGGCUUUUCGAAUCCAAUUCUCACUCUAAAAUUUUCUGUCAUCUCUGUUAAAUCCCUCUUCCUCUGUUCAAAUGGCGAGCGAGCAACAAUCUUUGCGGCCAUGGUUCCUAGAUUUAGUGCCAUUCUUGGUGGUUGUAUUGAUAGCUGCACACGUACUCGCGCUGGUUUAUUGGAUUUACAGACUAGUUACUGAGAAACAGCCCCAAAGAAGAAAGGCACACUGAAGCAGACUUCAUCUAGAUUUCGAAGAUAUAAGGAAGUUCUUACAUCAAUUGUUGGAUUCAAUUCUAUGUGGAGAUGAAAUAUUAAUACAAGUGCGCAUGAACGUAUUGUGGAGCUUAAGUUUCCCUGAAUAUAUCAUCCAUGCUGCGUGUUGCUCUUCUGUACGUUGUUGUUUUGGAGGUUCUUGACUUAGCCUCCAUCAUAUAUCCUCUCAGUUGAUUUUCCUUGCUGCUAUAUAAGACCUUAGUAUGUGGUUAGUGGCUUACUUUACUCCUCUUGGGGGAGGGACUUGAUUGUUGAAAUUUCUGACCUUUGUUAGAGUACUCUUUUAACAGGUUCAUAAAUUUACUCUCUCUCCAAAAUUUAUUUAUAGUGUAUAAAGAGUAUUCCAACCUUUACAAUUUAUCACGGAAUUACAACAAGAUCAAAACGAACAGAAGCAUGUUGGCCAGCAAAAAGCAUGCAGGACAUCAACCAAAAACAGGUUCUCUCUCUCUCUAACCUAUCUAUUGCAGGUACCAGCUAGCUUUUAAACCAAUUGAUUAUUUUUUUUUUAUUGAUGAAUCAAAAAUCUAUUCAGAGUACAAGUGGUAUCUUAUAACUAAAUCACAUUUAGAUGGUACAAGAUCAAAACAAACAGAAGCAUACGCAAGCAGAACAUCAUGCAAAAACUAGUUCCGCUAUACAAACAAAUUGAGAGCAGCAAUGGGCAGACAACAUCAUAAGCAUCACAAAUGAGUAGAACAUGGUGAAUGGAACAGAUACUAUUCAUUCACCAAUCAUAAAGAGAAUGAACGAUCAUAUUUCAGCUCCAACAAGAUUGCAAAUGCCUUCGGAGUGAAACCCACAUGCCAAAAGAAUUGAGUGGGGGGUGGUCGUCCCCACCAUUUGUAACAUCUCUUCCAUAAGCCUUGAACAUUUUCACACCUGAAUAAAAAGAUGAUUAAUGU